AAAACAUGCACCCAACCUUGCCUCUCAUACAUUGUAGGGUCGCCUCUUUGGAUCUGCGCUGCUCCUUGACAGGCGGACAUAUCCUCUUCAGUGGCUUUUCAACCCCACUGUCUGGAGCAAGAUGGUUCACCCGAGAGGAGUCCUUGCCUGGUUGGUGCUUUUGGCCCUGGCGCUGUUGGACGCCAGAUGCCAAGCACAGCGCGACUGUCGAGUGAGCAACUUCAAAGUCCAGGAAAACUUCGACAAGUACCGAUAUGCUGGUUUCUGGUAUGCGAUGGCCAAGAAAGACCCCGAGGGACUGUUCCUUCAGGACAAUAUUGUAGCCCAGUUUUUUGUCGAUGAGGCUGGGCAUAUGACUGCUAAAGCCCAGGGCAGAGUGGUGCUCUUCAAUCAGUUGGAGAUAUGCCCUGUCAUGACGGGUAUCUUCACAGAGACUGAGGAUCCUGCCAAGUUCAGGAUGAAAUAUUUUGGGAUGGCAAGCUAUCUCCAGAAGGGAAAUGACGAUCACUGGGUAGUGGCCACAGAUUAUGACACCUAUGCUCUACACUACUCUUGCCGCCGGCUGAAUGAGGAUGGCACUUGUGCCGACAGCUACUCCUUUGUGUUUUCCCGCGACGCCAAUGGUCUACGUCCAGAAACACAAAGAAUCGUCAGGCAAAAGCAGACAGAGCUCUGCUUAGACAGACAAUACAGGGUCAUUGCUCAUAAUGGAUACUGCUCUGAAGAAAACACAGUUUGAAAAACUAAUUGCUUUGUGGGAAAGUCCUUCAAGCAGAUUCUUUUCCCUUUUGAGUAUAUUUAUCUGAACUGUACCAUUUAUCCUGCCAGUGUGAAAUUUAAUAAACCUGAGAUUAGUGAA